AUGUCUCCGCUGGCGCGAAUCCGGAGUAUCUACGCCCCCUAUUUCGGGCUUCCUCGUCAGCUGUUCACCCUGACCCGCCAACUCCUGACUAAAGUGGUUGUCCAGGAGGGAGACAUGUUUGACUUUAAAACACUGAGCACUUUCAGGAACUAUGAGCUGGCAUUCACUGGGGGAGUGGAGUUUGAAGAGUACACCAAGGGACUAGACAAGAGAAAUGUGAAGUUUGGUGACAAGCUUCUUUGCGUCCAGAAAGGGGAGAAAGUCAAUAGUGGCUGGAAGCACUGGACGGUUUUUAUCUGA